UCCAAGAAAACUACAUCUCCCGUCAGGACCUUCCGAAUCACGGCCCUCGAACAAAAAAAUCCAACUUAGAAACUACCACUCCCGUGAUGCUCCGCUUCAGACGUCUGCGUAGAGCUCAGGGACACGUUGCGCUUUGCGGCGCCGGAGACCACGCAUCUCAGCAUGGCUUCCGUGGACUCUCGGCGGACGGGGAAUGAUGGCGGUGUCGGGGGUGCCUUCCAGCCCUACUUAGACUCCUUGCGGCAGGAGUUGCAGCAGAGAGAUCAGACGCUGCUGUCUGUCGUGGUGGCGUUUCUCGUGGUGCUGCUGACGCUAGUGUUCUGGAAGUUCAUCCGGAGCAGAAGGAGCAGUCAAAGAGCUGUUCUUCUUGUUGGCCUUUGUGACUCCGGGAAAACAUUGCUCUUUGUCAGAUUGUUAACAGGCCUUUACAGAGACACUCAGACUUCCAUCACUGACAGCUCUGCUGCUUACAGAGUCAACAAUACCAGGGGCACUAGUCUGACCUUGAUUGACCUCCCUGGCCACGAGAGCUUGAGACUUCAGUUCUUAGAGCGGUUUAAGGCUUCAGCCAGAGCUGUUGUGUUUGUUGUGGAUAGUGCAGCCUUUCAGCGAGAGGUGAAAGAUGUGGCCGAGUUUCUGUAUCAAGUUCUCAUUGACAGUAUGAGUUUGAAGAACACACCGUCAUUCUUAAUUGCCUGCAAUAAGCAAGACAUUACAAUGGCAAAAUCAGCAAAGUUAAUUCAGCAACAGCUUGAGAAGGAACUCAAUACUUUACGAGUCACCCGUUCUGCUGCCCCCAGCACACUGGACAGUUCCAGCACUGCCCCUGCUCAGCUGGGAAAGAAAGGCAAAGAAUUUGAAUUCUCACAGUUGCCUCUCAAAGUGGAAUUCCUGGAGUGUAGUGCCAAGGGUGGAAGAGGGGACACUGGCUCUGCUGACAUCCAGGACUUGGAGAAAUGGCUCGCUAAAAUUGCCUGAGGGGCAGAUCCAAAGCACAAGACACAAAUGUGUGUGUGGUGAUUGACAGUUUUGGAAAAGGGUGUAAUUAGAAACAUUUCUUUGUGUAGAAACACAUUAACAUUGAAUUCGGCUUGAAACUUUUUUUAAAGUUCAUUUCCCCUUAUUUGCUUUCAAACUAGUCACUUUUAUUUGAUUGUGUGCCUUCCCUUUAUUAAAGUGUAUGUGAUAUCCUUUUAGUGUAUGCUUGAAGUGGGGUCAAGGUCUUUGAGACCAAAACAAGUGGACCCUACGUAGAGAAGAUAUUAUCAUGAGAACAUGGUUAUCAUCUCAAAAGUUUUCUUGUCUCGUGCUUUGGUACCUUUUUCUUGGAAAAAAAUCUAUGUAUGGAACCAGUUGAUUUCCAGUUGCCUUUGAGGUUCCUGGACAGUAAGUACAUCAUCUAGUCUUUUGUGAAUUCUCAGAUUUGUAGGGGCAAUUAUAAUAUAGUCUCCCAACACAUGAAGAAAUAGAGAAUAGCAAGGCUGUGUCGCCAGUGGGUCUGGUCUUCAUCAGCUCAGUGACUUGUCCACACUCCAGCCUCAUAGCACUUAAGUUUCAAAAACGUGUCAUGAGCCAUUGGAGUCAUUCCCAGAUGAUAGAAAUGUAAGCACUGGCUCUCCAGAUGCCAAGGGUCUAUCUAGUGUGUUCCAGUUUUCCCUAACUGGGGAGUACAUGGAGAUUUGGGAGCUGUUCUGUUUUUCUGGGUGGCCAAGGGCUCCUGAGCUAUCUUCAUGUGCUGUUUGAUCAGCUCCUAUUUUUGUACUCAGCCAGAAUGCUGUGGAACAAAUACAAAAUGAAAGAAGUUCUCUGUAGAUUUUGAAAGUGCAUAUUCACUGAUGGUUAAAAAAAAAAGUUGGCCUUUUCAAAGUGAUAUUCUUUGCUGUUUUCUUAAAUGUAUGGCUUUUUUAUGGCUUUUAUAAAUGAUUAAUACAUUUUUUGGUAAACAAAACA